AAGGCAACUCAGAGCUGAUUUGCUGAUUCCUGAGUCAGGGGGCUUUCAAAAACAGUGAAUGACGAGCCUGAUGGUGAGUUUUUACGACUGAGCCUGGGCCUGUUUUUCCCCUCGGCUGUCAGACAGCUUGGAUUUUUCCCCUCCCUCCUCCCAGCCAGCAAUAACAGGAGCAUCAGCCUCUGCAGCCAAGCUGGUGGGAUUUUGCUGAGCCAAUUUAAAGGCUUGUGGGACAGACUGUUUUUUAAAACUCACUGCUGUCAAGUUCUCUGGGCAAGUUUUGGUUCUUCUUUGCUGCUUCUUUUGGCAUUUUUGGACAGUGGGGAAGAAAGGAGAGCAACCAAUAGUGGGGACAAAAAUAAUUUGCAAAACAAGAAAAGAAAAAAAGGCAUAAAGUUUAUAAGGAUUGAAUAGCCCAGGUGAGAACUCCAGGACCACCACCAAUGCCUCUGGUACGAUCCCUCUCCGUCACCUCUCUCAAUGGGCUUCCUCAGUGGGAAGACGAAGACCUCCCAGUGGAGGAUUUAUUACUCUUUGAAGUGGCUUGGGAAGUUACUAAUAAAGUUGGCGGCAUCUACACCGUGAUCCAGACAAAAGCCAAAAUCACAUUGGAUGAAUGGGGGGAGAACUACUUCCUCAUUGGCCCUUAUUUUGAGCACAAUGUGAAGACGCAAGUGGAAGUCUGUGAACCUCCCAACGCAGCAGUGAAAAAGGCAAUGGAUACCAUGAAAGCCAGUGGGUGUCAGGUGUAUUUUGGCAGGUGGCUGAUAGAAGGAAGCCCGUAUGUGGUGCUGUUCGAUAUAGGGUCAGUGGCUUGGAAUCUGGACAGGUGGAGAGGGGAAUUCUGGGAUGCCAGUCAUAUUGGAAUUCCUUACCAUGACCGAGAAGCAAAUGACGCACUCAUCUUUGGGUCGCUAACCGCUUGGUUCUUGAAAGAGCUCUCUGAUCAAUUUGAAGACAGGCCUAACGUCAUUGCCCACUUCCAUGAAUGGCAAGCAGGGCCUGGGCUGAUCCUCUGUAGAUUCAGGAAGAUCCCCGUUGCAACCAUCUUCACAACUCACGCUACCCUGCUGGGAAGGUACCUGUGUGCUGCAAGCAUAGACUUCUACAACCACCUGGACCAGUUUGACGUAGAUAAAGAAGCAGGCGACAGACAGAUAUAUCACCGGUACUGCAUGGAACGUGCAUCAGUACAUUGUGCCCACGUGUUUACCACAGUCUCUCAGAUCACGGCCAUAGAAGCAGAGCACAUGCUCAAGAGAACAGCUGAUGUUGUCACUCCGAACGGCCUGAACAUUAAGAAAUUUUCAGCUAUGCAUGAAUUUCAGAAUUUGCAUGCCACUUGCAAAGCUAGGAUCCAAGAGUUCGUUCGAGGCCAUUUCUAUGGCCAUCUUGAUUUUAACCUUGAAAGGACUUUGUUUUUCUUCAUUGCCGGGAGAUACGAGUUCUCCAACAAAGGAGCUGACAUGUUUUUAGAGGCCUUAUCAAGAUUAAACUUCCUCUUGAGGGUGCACAGGAGUGAUGUCACAGCUGUGGUGUUCUUCAUCAUGCCAGCAAAUACUAACAAUUUCAAUGUGGAAACCCUGAAAGGCCAGGCGGUCCGAAAGCAGCUAUGGGACACUGCGCAUUCUGUCAAGGAAAAAUUUGGCAAAAAACUUUAUGAAGCACUGUUAAGAGGAGAAAUCCCUGAUAUGAACAAGAUCAUUGAUCGUGAUGACCUCACCAUCAUGAAACGGGCCAUCUAUUCAACUCAGCGACAGAGCCUUCCGCCAGUGACAACCCACAAUAUGACUGAUGAUUCCACUGACCCAAUCCUCAGCACUAUUAGACGUAUCGGCCUUUUCAACAAUCGGACAGAUCGAGUUAAGGUGAUAUUGCACCCUGAAUUCCUUUCUUCAACCAGCCCCUUAUUGCCGAUGGACUAUGAAGAGUUUGUCAGAGGUUGCCAUCUUGGGGUAUUCCCAUCCUACUACGAGCCCUGGGGUUACACUCCCGCUGAGUGCACCGUCAUGGGGAUACCCAGUGUGACCACAAACCUCUCUGGAUUUGGCUGUUUCAUGCAGGAGCAUGUGGCUGAUCCAGCUGCUUAUGGUAUUUACAUUGUGGACAGGAGAUUCCGCUCCCCAGACGAGUCUUGCAAUCAGCUGACGCAAUUCCUGUAUGGAUUCUGCCAGCAGUCACGUCGGCAAAGAAUCAUCCAGAGAAACCGAACGGAGAGGCUCUCUGACUUGCUAGACUGGCGAUAUCUAGGCAGGUAUUACACACAUGCCAGGCACUUGGCUGUGAGUCGGACAUUUCCUGAAAAAUUCAAGAUGGAACCAAAUGCUCCACCAAAGACUGAAGGAUUUCGGUACCCACGGCCUUCAUCGGUGCCUCCAUCCCCGUCUGUGUCUCAGCACAACAGCCCCCACCAAAGUGAUGAGGAGAUUAGCGAGGAAGAUGAACGCUACGACGAGGAUGAGGAGGCCGAGAGGGACAGGCAGAACAUAAAGUCUCCUUUCUCCUUCAGCACUGUGCCACAUGGGAAAAAGAAGCAGCAUGGGGAAUAUAGGAACUGAUGCAAUAGCCCUUUUCUUGUGGCACAUGGGGUCCCACCCAUUCCACUCUGCUUGUGUCACCUUCAAGGUCAAAUGGUUCAAACCUGAUCUAAGGGGAGUGUAAAUGAAUGCUAUGUGACCUCAAGGUCUGAAAUAUCUUGAAUUCCCCUGCUCCUUGUUCCUUCAUUAUAAAUAGUUCUGAUGGUGCAUUUCCCCCCUCUUCCCUCUCUUAUUUUGAUGAUAGAAGAAGAAAUUUAGAAAAGUGUGUGAAACAUCAGGGCUGCAUGCUGGUUUUUGUAUUUGGACCCCUAAUGUCUUGUUACUGGAGGAAAGAAAGAGGAGCAAAGUGUCCUAUUACCUUGUUGUAAAAAAGUCUUUCCUUCUGUUAGAUUUGCGCCCACAAAUUUUUUUUUAAAGGUGGCCUAUUACGAAUAAAGUGGCAGGAAAAAAAUAA